AUGUCCGGAGGUCUAGAUGUUUUGUCUUUGCGAGAAGACGAUGUUACAAAAAUGUUGGUGGCGUGCACCCAUUUGGGGAAUGAUAAUGUCGAUUUCCAAAUGGAACAGUAUGUCUACAAAAGGAAAGCUGAUGGAAUAUACAUCAUUAAUUUGAGAAAAACUUGGGAAAAAUUAUUGUUGGCUGCCAGGGCUAUUGUGGCCAUUGAACACCCAUCCGAAGUGUUUGUUAUCUCUUCUAGAUUGUAUGGGCAAAGAGCUGUUCUUAAAUUUGCUGCCAACACAGGUGCCACACCUAUUGCUGGUCGUUUCACUCCUGGAGCUUUUACUAAUCAGAUUCAGGCUGCUUUCAGAGAGCCUAGGCUCCUUAUUGUUACUGACCCUCAAACUGACCAUCAACCUAUCACUGAAGCCAGUUAUGUUAAUAUUCCUGUAAUUGCAUUUUGCAAUACUGAUUCACCUCUUAGAUUUGUCGACAUUGCAAUUCCCUGCAACAACAAAGCUCCACACUCAAUCGGUUUAAUGUGGUGGCUCUUGGCGAGAGAAGUUUUACGACUUAGAGGUUCAAUUCCUAGAGAAACUAAAUGGGAUGUUGUCGUUGACUUAUUCUUCUACAGAGAUCCAGAAGAAGCUGAAAAAGAUGACCAAGCCACCAAAGAAUUGGCUGGAUCAUCCAAAGUUGAUGACAAUUUUAGAUUGUCUAAUGAAAUCAUCAGACAACCGGAAGUGUUUUCGAAUGAUUUGGUUACUGGCCAAGGAGAUGGACAAACGGCAAGAUGGGCUGAAGAAGUGUCAAUGGCAUCUCAGAAUGUUUCAAACUUUGGUGGAAACAGUGAUAACUGGGCCAGUCAGGUACCACCUGAUGAUUGA